AUGAAUUUUGAUUAAAGAAAAAAACUAUUCAAUAAAUAUUAAGACAAAUUAUAUAUAAAAUUGGAACUACAAAAUUAAGAAUAAAGAGUAUCAUAUGCUGAUAAAAAUAACAUAAAAAAAAAUGAUCUUCAAUAGGUUCUAUUUUCUUUGUUACUCCAAUUAUAUUUAAUAAGGAGUUCAAAAAUUUCCAAAACAUGCAGUUGCUGGCAUGUUCAAAGUUUGAAGGACUCCUAAAAUUCUGGUGUUUGCAUCUGGAAAAACGAUUAUUGUAUUUUUCAUUCUAGUUAUUCAUACCAUUCAAAGAUUAGGAAUUAGAUUCUGUGCAAAAACUAUGCUCAAGAAGAUUGUCGAGAACAAGAGUAAUGUGGCUUUGAUUAUGGAUUAUGUAUUGACUUUGUCGAUUGCAGUUUCUUUAAUAAAGAUUAAUGUUAAGAAUCGUCUUAUAAAUGUGUUUCUGAUGGUUCAAAAAGUGUACAAAUGUAAGAAUGUAGUGAUUAUAAAACAGAGAAUGCCUGUACAAAUAAAAAUUAUCAUGGUAAAUACCGUGUUUGGAUUUGGGGAACAGAGAAAAUAUGCACAGAAGUCACAACAUGUGAAUUAUUACCUUCAUAUUUAACCAAUCAUAGUAUGUUUAAGUCUGGGAUUGAUGGAUGUACAAUAAGCGAGAAAGGUUAUGGAUGUACCAAAUAAAUGGGGUCUUGUACGCAAUAUGUGUAUAAUAUUUAAUGCUUCGAAAGUAUAUCAAGAAAAGAUAAUUGUUUUUGGGAUUCAAAAAAUAGUAGAUGUGUUGAAAAGGUGUGUGAAAAUCCACCAUUUACUCAGGAUUAUGAAUGUAAGUCAUAUUUAAGUUAAUGUACAACUAAUGGAGUUUAUUGUGUAUUAAGAAAGUAGUGUAGUGAUGCUUUGGGGUAAAAAUGUGAAUAUCAUAAAAAUCAAUGUUGCAAUACUGCUCCAGAGUUACUUACUAAUUAUCUAUGAUGUUA